AUGGCACAGCUGACCAACGCCUCAGUCGCUGCGGUUGGCCAUGACGACAACUUAUUGGUCGUCGUGGUUUCCCCUGACAGCAAGUGGAUCGCGAGUGGGUCAGAGGAUAGCACUAUCAUUGUCUGGGACUCGGAUGGACAGCUGUGCACCCUGCACAAGGUCCUUCGGGGGCAUACACAGUUGCUGAGUGGUGCCGCGUUUGACCCGGUGAGCACACGUCUUGCCACCGCGUCCUGCGACCACACAGUGCGGAUCUGGGAUGUGGAGACGGGCAAGCAGAUCUUCGUCUUACAGCAGCAUUCGGGAGGUGUCCGGUAUGUAGAGUUCUCCCCGGAUGGGAGCUUGUUGCUGUCUGAGUCGUUCGACAAGACGAUGAAGAUCUGGGAUGCAUCCACUGGUGUCAUGACUAUGUCACUGGAGGGACACUCCGACGACGUCACGGCAGCGUGCUUCCCUCCAUGUGGGAGGUACAUCGCAUCGGCGUCUCGUGACAAAACAGUGCGGUUGUGGAGGACAAAUGAUGGCUCGUGUGUGGCGACAUUCUCUGAACAUCAGGGAGAUGUGUGGGACGUAGCAUUCUCCCCGGACGGUAAAACACUGUCAUCUGGAGCGUCAGAUGGGAGUGUCUUCGUUAGACGAUUGGACCAGGUCAUUUCAGACACUGAAUACUGGAUCUAG